GCUGCCCCGCUCGUGCCCUGGCUCUGCUGCCCGCUUGAGAUCGGCAACACCAGCAUCACCAUCAGCUCCGACCGGGACUGCGAGGAGAUCGGCUCCAUCUACGGCUCCACCAUCUUCUGGACGAUGCAGGCGGUGUCCAUCCUCGGCCUCGUGCUCUCCUUCGCCGGCCUCCUCACCUGCGCCGCCGGGGAGGCAGGAUACGACGUGCCGGCGGCGGUCCCCGUGGUGCUGGCCAUGGACAUCACAGACGCCGUGGCCGGGCAAAUAGACCUGGACGAAGUGCUGGAGAUCGGGCCCCUCCAGUUCGUGACGGACAAGGUGGUCCAGAUCCUCCACGAAGGCUACAAGAAGGAGGUGGCCAACGAGCUGGCCCAGUUCGAGGCCGAGGGAGGAAAGGUGGCCGGAAGAUCUGGAGGAAGAGAGGCCGUGGGAAGGUCAGCGAACGACACGGCGCAGGAGGUUCACCGGAGGGCCAAGAGACAGGUCAUCGACGUUCCUAUACCUACCUUGCAAGGCCACGUCCCAGGGCGCGACGACCCCCCCUCGGACGCCUGCGAGAGGGACGAGGUGCUCCUCCCCGACGGCGACUGCCACGAGCUGCUCAAACAGGGCCCCUGCGAGGACGAUGAGGUCGUGCUCAUGGACCGCACCACCAGGCAGGGCUUCUGCGGCGCGCGCCUGUGUGGCCCCGACCGCGUGUUCGUGUUCAGCGACCAGCAGUGCCACGACCCCAACGAGCCAGGGAUCUGCCCACGUGAGUGA